UCAGUGGACUUCCCCUCUUCCCUGCCUCUCAGUGACCAUCUAAGACUCGGGUUCGACUCCGGGGUUGUUGUUUGUCGCGCUUAUCCAUACUUCGCCCCGUGUCAAAAUCAGACUUACCGGAGGGAGUUAAUCGUUACGGGGUCGUCGCUUAUUCCGGUGGACGUUUGUUAGAGGAACUGAGUCGAAAACUUACCGGAUCUGAAACUUUCUCCACCUCAGGGGACACUUUGUGAAUAAAAAAAAAAAAUGGCAGACGGUGAGGAGCAGCACGUUUCUUCCACCACUCCCCUGUUCAGCGAGGGGGUACACCACUACCAUGCCGAGCUGGACUCCGUGCUGGAUCCCGAGCUGCAACAGAAACCAGACCUCUUCAGCGUGGAUGAUAUAGUGGACUUGGUCGGCGGGGCUAAGGACGCCCUAGAGAGGCACAGAGCUGAAGACAGUGCACCACAUGAGUUCACAGAAACUUCCUUCGCUCCUCCAGAAGAUCCAAUAACGUUACUGGAGCCACAACCGGUGUCAGCGCCAGAGGUAAAGAAACCUGAGGUGGAGAAGGCGAUCCCAGACUCCACUAGCUUUUCUUUUGUUCCUACGACCCCUUUAAUAGCCGAGGAGCCUGAGGUCGUCGCCCCGAAAGCCGAACCGAAGCCACAGGCUGCCCCCGAGCCAGAACCUGUGUCGGAGAGCGACGCCCUCCCAGCGGCUGAACCCCGGACAGCAGCCCCAGCCCCCGCAGAGGCAGCAGAGCAACCUGCGGUGACAGACGAGCCACCAGCUCCAGCAUCAUAUGUACCUUCUCCUUCUAAAGCUCAGCCUCAUCCUCUGAUGCACUUCCCUACAGCACUUGGGCAGAAGGGUGAUUCCCCUGCUCCCAUCUCUCCUAUAUCCCCUCUUCACUCCCCCGACUCUCUGGAAGAGCUGUCUCUGACCGAGAGUCCCAACCAAGCCCCUACUUCGGGAUCUGCUGCACUCUUGGGCUCCUUCUCCACCGAAUCCCCCACUACUCAUUCCAAGGACAUGCCUUGGGAGGGUGAAGAGGGUGACUCUGGACCGGGCCGCAGUAAGAAUAAGGAAGACCUUCUAGAUCCAUUAGCUGGUCCUUACCUGAGUUUAGGGCAAGACCCAGGGCCUCAUAAUCCAUGUGAAGACAGCGGAGUUUCCUUUUCACCAGAGGAGAAGCUGAUUAGCUCAGACAGGUCCUCUACUGGCCCCUCCCCUGUGAACCCUCAGAUGAUGGUCCCUGAAUCUCAAAUUGCCUCCUCUAACCCAACAGAGCACUGGGAUUCACCACUCCUAGCAUCUGAAGACAACUCCAAGGUCUUAAUGGAUAGCUUCUCGAAGGACACAGCCCCCAUUAGCUCUUCCAGGUAUGAGCUGGACCUGCACAGCAACGAGUCUGAUGAAGAUGAUGACUUGAUGUACGAGGUAAAGAAGAAUAAUAACCCAUUUGAGGGCUAUUCCCCACUGGCAGACAGUGGCUACUCCCAUUUUGGAGAUUCCAAGUCCGAUAGCAGGGCCACAAAAAUUUCCGAGAGUCCAACCCCGGAUCUGGUCCAGUAUGGGCAGACUGGAGAAUCCCAGGACAGCCCACCAUCUUUCUUAGAAGAGGGGAAAACAUUUGAGAUAGGCAAGAUGGCUUCUGACUCACUCAUGCAGUCUGUAAGUGAGUUUUCAUCCGGUUUUAAAGAAGAUGAUGAAGAAGAAGAAGAACAGGAGCUUUCUCCUCGACCAAAAUCACUUCCAGACAUCCUGAAGUCUUCCCCUCUCAACCUCAACUCCGAGAAAAUGGACUCUGGCUCCUCUGAGGGAAGCCCUGAGGAACAGAGUCCCAUCCUAGAACGGAGGAUGAUGGAGUCACCCAACCCUCCAAUCAACCUGUCUGCUAACAACCCAUUUGCUUUUGAUGCUAAAGUGUCCCUCCUGAAGGAGAUGGCUGAGGAGAUGGACGUGAAAGUGGGCAACAAAGAAAAAGACGAAAACAAAAGCUUUGGUGCAUUCGAUCUUGUAAAAGAAGCUGAGGAAACUACUCCAACUAAGAUCAAAGAAGAGGAACCUGUCAAGAUUGAGCAGAAAGAUUGGUUUUCCAGCCACGAUUCUCCCAAAACGAUUGAAAAGUUUGAGCCACUUGACUUCAAGAGCAGAAAGACUCCAGCUGAGGAUUCAGACUCUGAGUCGCCGACAGCAGACUCUCUGUCUCCUGUCUUGGAAGCCAUGGCCAAAAACCCUGCCAGCUUCCAGGUGGAGAUGGAGAAGAAGGACCUCAAGAUGGAGGUGGAGGAGCCAGAAGUGGCUGAAGAGGUCUCUGAGCAUGAAGUGUCCUCGGAGGAGUUUGAGUUCAUUGAGCGACCCCCCAGGGGUGUUAUCGACGAGUUUCUUGAGGCUCUGGAUACUUCCAAGUUUGCCUCCUCCAAGGCUCCAGAAAUCCCUAUGGAUGAUGAUCUGACCUUUGGGCAGAAAGAUGUAGCUCCGGUUUCUGCUCCACCUGUGUCAAAAGUAACCCCUCCCCCAGAGGUCAAGGAAGAGGUACCAAGUCAGAGCUCCUACUGCCUCCUGUCCCAGGCCUCCCCCCAGAAGAGCAAGGCUGAGCUGGAGAAGCUUGACGUCCAGCAGCCCCCAGCCCAAGCUCCGCUCACUCAUUCUCCUGUCCAGAAACCAGAGGAGGCAGCUGCUAAGAAGAGCGGGGAGGGCAGCAAACUGUUCAAGAUGCCAAACCUGAACAUACGAGCAGUGGUGGAACUCCUCUACUGGCGUGAUGUGAAGACAACGGGCGUGGUGUUCGGCGCUGCCCUGCUGCUGCUCCUCUCCCUGACGGUGUGCAGCAUCAUUAGCGUCUGCUCCUACGUCGGCCUGGCUCUGCUUUCAGUCACCAUCUGCUUCAGGAUAUACAAAGGCAUCCUGCAGGCCAUCCAGAAGUCCGAUGAGGGCCACCCAUUCAAGCAGUAUCUGGACCGGGAGGUGGCGCUGUCUGGGGACAUGGUCCACAAGUACAGCGACAUAGUUCUGGCCAAACUAAACAAGAUCAUCUGUGAAUUAAGGCGCCUGUUCCUGGUCGAGGACCUGGUUGACUCUAUCAAGUUUGCUGUGCUGAUGUGGAUCCUGACUUACAUCGGUGCCUUGUUCAACGGGCUCACUCUUCUUAUUCUCGGUCUGAUCGGAGCGUUCAGCUGCCCGAUCAUCUACGAGAAGCACCAGGCUCAGAUCGACCACUACCUGGCUCUGGUCAACAACCAGAUCAAAGACAUUGUUGCGAAGAUCCAGGCGAAGGUGCCCGGGCUGAAACGCAAAACUGAGUGAAGUUGCCACAAGCCGGAGUUGGGAUUCAGGACGUCCUGAGAGGAGAUGGUUGAGGGCAGGUGGGGGUGUUGGGUGAGGGUGGGAGGGAUGGGUGCAUAUGAAGGAAGGCCAGAGGAGGAGUCUGGCGUGGACGCAGCCCUUCUAACUUUAUUUGUCAGAAAUAAAAACACUUUUUUCCAGUCCCGAA